AUGAUGCUGCUUGCCAUUGUCGCCGCUUUCCUCUUGCCGCUGAUAUGCGCGCAAAAUUUACAGAUCCAAGCCUGCUGCGGUGUGCCGAAUCUCUGCCAAAAUUUCUCUCGGGCCGAGGAUCUGUUCGGGGUGGCCUGUUGCGGGAAUCAACCUUACAAUGCGUUCACGAGGAUCUGCUGUAGUGGGGCAGUCCGAGACCGUAAGACCGCCGAUGGACGAUACGCUGAACUUUGUUGCGGCACGGAAACGCUGGCCUACGAUCAGACUUGCUGUGCCGGAGUUGUGCACAACGUAGCUGGCGGGGAUUGCUGUGGCUCGGCCGUCUACUCAAAGUCCGAUCCGAGCUUGAAGUGCUGUAAUGAAACGUUGGUUAGGGCCACUUCCGGCACGGAUAUCUGCUGCGGGGCCACAACAUUUGAUGGUGGCCGUACGCAGAUGUGCUGUGGGCAGCAGGUCUUCCAGCUCAGCGACUUUGACAGCUGCUGCGAGUCGCCGGGCGGGACCUUUCAGCAAUUCAACUCGGCCACCCAGUUCUGCUGCGGGGUGCCGCAGCAGAAAAACGGCAACAUGGCCUGCUGCUACCUGCGCCAAUCCGGAAGCCUCAUCGAAACGGCCUACGACAAAACACGGCAAUGCUGCAAAUACCCCUUCGAUAUUAUACAGCCGAUGACGAAUGGGAGCUGCGUA